CCACCCGGCCCGCUCGCCUCGCCUCGCCCCGCCGCGUCAGGCCGCGUCUCCUCAGUUCUUCACGGGCGGCGGCGGCGGCGCUACAACUUUUGACAUUUUGGCGGCGGAGGAGCGCGCCGGCACUGCGGGACCGACGGCUGUGGCAGCGGCCGACCUUCGAGGGCCCCUCAGCCGCACCGGCGCUCCCGCCGCCCAGGGUCGGGCGGCCACGAGGCUCCGCCGCGUCGUCCCGCGUCGCCCCGCCGGGCGGCUGCAGCCAUGUCGCGGGGGCCGGAGGAGGUGAACCGGCUCACGGAGAGCACCUACCGGAAUGUUAUGGAACAGUUCAAUCCUGGGCUACGAAAUUUAAUAAACCUAGGAAAAAAUUAUGAAAAAGCUGUUAAUGCUAUGAUCCUUGCGGGAAAAGCCUACUACGAUGGAGUGGCCAAGAUUGGUGAGAUUGCCACUGGGUCCCCUGUGUCAACAGAGCUGGGCCAAGUUCUCAUAGAGAUUUCAAGUACCCACAAGAAACUCAAUGAGAGUCUUGAUGAAAAUUUCAAAAAAUUCCAUAAAGAGAUUAUACAUGAGCUGGAGAAGAAGACAGAACUUGAUGUAAAAUACAUGAAUGCAACUCUUAAAAGAUACCAAACAGAACACAGGAAUAAAUUAGAUUCUUUGGAGAAAUCUCAAGCAGAGUUGAAGAAGAUCAGAAGGAAAAGUCAAGGAGGACGAAACGCGCUCAAAUAUGAACACAAAGAAAUUGAGUAUGUAGAAACCGUUACUUCUCGCCAGAGCGACAUCCAGAAAUUUAUUGCAGAUGGGUGCAAAGAAGCUCUGCUUGAAGAGAAAAGGCGCUUCUGCUUUCUGGUUGACAAACACUGUAGCUUUGCAAAUCACUUACAUUAUUAUCAUUUACAGUCUGCAGAAUUACUCAAUUCCAAACUGCCUAGGUGGCAGGAGACCUGUGGAGAUGCUACCAAAGUACCUGAGAAAAUCAUGAAUAUGAUAGAAGAAAUUAAGACCCCAGUCUCUACCCCAGUGUCCGGAACGCCUCAGCCUUCACCAAUGAUCGAGAGAAGCAACAUGGUUGGGAAAGAUUAUGACACCCUUUCUAAAUAUUCACCAAAGGUGCCCCCAGCUCCUUCAGCCAGAGCAUAUACCAGUCCUUUGAUUGAUAUGUUUAAUAACCCAACAGCAGUUGCACAGAAUUCAGAAAGGAUAAAGAAUUCAACAGUUUUAACAGAUUCUUCAGAUGAUCCCAGUUUACAGCGAUCGGUUUCUGUCGCAACCGGACUGAACAUGAUGAAGAAGCAGAAGGUGAAAACCAUCUUCCCACACACCGCAGGCGCGAACCAGAGCUUGCUCAGCUUCGCCCAGGGAGAUGUCCUCACGCUGCUCGUCCCUGAGGAGAAAGACGGCUGGCUUUAUGGGGAGCACGACACCACUAAAGCGAGGGGUUGGUUCCCGGCAUCUUACACGAAGUUGCUGGAAGAAGAUGCAAAGGAGGCCAUCAGUGUGCCCACACCAAGCCCAGCGCCAGUGAGAAGCAUCAGCACCGUGAACUUAUCCGAGAAAAGCAGCGUGGUCAUCCCCCCGCCAGAUUACUUGCAAUGUCUGUCCCUGGAAGCGGCUGCAGAUAAGAGAGCAGACAUUUCCAAAAGUAUUUCUACCUUUAAAGCACCGGUGUCCAAACCAGAAAGCACCUCUCCUAACGACGCAAAUGGGACAGCAAAGCCUCCUUUUCUCAGCGGAGAAAACCCCUUCGCGACGGUGAAACUCCGGCCGACGGUGACAAACGAUCGCUCUGCACCGAUCAUUCGAUGAAGAGCAGGCCGGGAGCUCCGGUCCCUCCGACGUUAAGUUCUCACUUGCAAAAUGAUGUGUUGUUUGGUGUGCGCUUAACUGUUGCAAAGCUUCGCCAAAGGGUGCCUGAUUAUAAAUGUAUUCCACUUGAGCAAAUCGACGCAUUUUCUCAAUUUAACAUAGUUGGGUUGAUACGUUUGUCUUUAAUAAUAGUCUAGUGACCAACUCAAAUCAGUGAAAAUAUUUUCUUCCCAUUCUGUCAGAAGACCAUAAAUUUGGUUCCAAUCCUUA